AUGUUCCUCACUCGGAGCGAAUAUGAUAGAGGAGUCAAUACCUUUUCUCCUGAAGGCCGUCUUUUCCAAGUAGAGUAUGCCAUGGAGGCCGUAAAGUUAGGAUCGACUAGUAUUGGGAUUAGGACUAAUGAAGGAAUUGUGUUGGCAGCAGAAAAACGUGCUACCUCGAAACUCAUGGUUAAAGAAUCUAAUGAGAAAAUAUCAAAGGUGGACACUCACAUUGCGGUUUCAUUUGCUGGACUUAUCGCAGACGCAAGAACUUUGGUUGAGCGUGCCCAAAUAGAAGCUCAAAAUUUUUGGUUUACUUACAAUCGGAAGAUGAAGGUUGAAGACGUAACAAUGUCAGUAGCAAAUCUGGCACUACAGUUUGGUGAUGACGACGCUAAGGCAUCUAUGUCACGUCCAUUUGGAGUUGCACUAUUAUUUGCUGGUGUUGAUCAGGAGGGCCCUAAAUUGUACCAUCUGGACCCGUCGGGUACGUUUAUCGAUUGUUUGGCAAAGUCAAUCGGAGCAGCAUCGGAUGGGGCUGAGCAGAAUUUGAAAGAACAGUACUACGAAAAUAUCACUUUAAAAGAGGCUGAGAAGAUGGCGUUGUCAAUACUGAAGCAAGUUAUGGAAGAAAGGCUCACUAGUUCGAACGUAGAAAUAGUUACAAUUACCCCAAUUUCUGAUGAAGCUGGACGAACUACUGGAGCCUUCAGGCGCUUGACGAGGGAGGAGUUGGAAGAACUUGUUAAUGAUUUGUGA